UUCCAUAAGCCCACACCAAACUGACCGUUGGUGACCCCAUUCUCUGCACACAGUGUCCCUCCCAAAAACCCUAGAAAAGCCCUCUUUGCUUGAACAAAGAGGCCUUUUCUAUCUCCAUUACCAAUUCAUCUCCUCUAAGAUCUAAGAACUCAGAAGAAUUGGAAAAAUCAAAGAAAUCCCAGAAAAUGGAUUCGAACCAGAGACGAAAAAGCGGGAUUAAUCUCCCAGCUGGAAUGUCCCAAUCCUCACUACGCCUCGAACCCUCUUCGGGUUCUUCGUUUCGGACCGUAUCGAAUCUCCAAUCACCCAGGACGAUGUCUCCUCGGACGAUAUCGAACCUGUCAUCGCCGUCGAAGUCGGGGAAUUGCAGCGACAGGUUCAUACCGUGCCGGUCGUCGUCACGGCUCCACACAUUCGGUCUCAUCGAAAAGGGGUCGCCGGUGAAAGAAGGAGGGAACGACGCGUAUUCGAGGUUGUUGAAAUCGGAGCUUUUCGGGUCUGAUUUUGGGUGUUUUUCUCCUGCAGGUCAGGUGGGUUCGCCGAUGACUCCCAGCAAGAAUAUGUUGCGGUUCAAGACGGACAGUUCGGGGCCGAAUUCGCCGUACUCGCCGUCGAUCUUGGGGCAGGAUAGUGGGUCCUCUUGCGAGAUUUCAACGCCGCCAAAGCCACCGCGGAAGGUGCCUAAGACACCCCAUAAGGUUCUAGAUGCACCAUCACUUCAAGAUGAUUUCUACCUGAACCUUGUGGACUGGUCAUCGCAGAACGUCCUAGCUGUUGGAUUGGGCACAUGUGUUUAUUUAUGGACUGCAUCAACUAGCAAAGUAACAAAGUUAUGUGACUUGGGGCCUGGUGAUGGUGUGUGCUCAGUCCAAUGGACCAGGGAGGGCUCUUACAUAUCAAUUGGAACAAAUCUUGGUGAAGUUCAGGUUUGGGAUGGGACUCAGUGCAAAAGGAUCCGAACUAUGGGCGGACAUCAAACAAGAACUGGGGUCUUGGCAUGGAGUUCACGCAUAUUAUCUUCUGGAAGCAGAGACCGCAACAUACUUCAGCACGAUCUUCGUGUCUCAAAUGACUUCGUUAGCAAGCUUGUUGGUCACAAAUCAGAGGUAUGUGGGCUGAAAUGGUCUCAUGAUGACAGGGAACUUGCAUCGGGUGGGAAUGAUAAUCAGCUUUUGGUCUGGAAUCAGAGUGCUCAGACACCAAUCUUAAAACUGACAGAGCAUACAGCUGCCGUAAAGGCCAUUGCUUGGUCACCCCAUCAAAGUGGCAUUCUUGCAUCUGGAGGUGGAACAGCUGAUCGGUGCAUUCGCUUCUGGAAUACUACAAACGGAAAUCAAAUAAACAGUGUCGACACUGGAAGCCAGGUGUGCAAUCUAGCAUGGAGCAAGAAUGUGAAUGAGCUUGUUAGCACUCAUGGAUAUUCACAGAAUCAAAUUAUGGUGUGGAAAUAUCCUUCAAUGGCAAAGGUUGCAACUCUCACUGGCCAUAGUUUACGGGUACUCUAUCUUGCCAUGUCACCUGAUGGUCAGACAAUAGUAACUGGGGCAGGGGAUGAGACACUGCGGUUUUGGAAUGUCUUUCCAUCCAUCAAAACACCGGCACCAGUCAAGGACUCGGGACUUUGGUCUUUAGGAAGAACUCACAUCCGAUAGCAUGUUCUGUGCAUAGCUAAAUUAUCUUGUAAAUGGAGAUGCUAUAUUUCAGAAUCAAUUCAAAGUGAAUGGAGAGGUGCAGAUAAUUAAAGUGGUUUUUAUUCACACCACAGUUAAGAACUUGUAGAGUCUUUUUUGUCUUCUUUUUCCUCGCAGAUAUUUCUGUGCAGUAGCAAUUUUUCAAAGGGUUUUAUUUAUAUACAGAACUUGUAAAGUCUGUUGUCUUCUUUUUCUCCCCCUCUUAAAAUUUGAUUUUUAAAAAAAAAAAAAAUAAUGUUUUGUUUGUUGCGAUCAAGUCUUCAAAAUUGUAGAGCUCCUUACAUCAAUGCAAUUAUAUUUUUCUGUGUGUUUGUUUGUGCCA